CAACACUCGCAACCUAUUCACAACAAAGCAAGCGUAAAACAGUUAUUGCGAUUAUUUACGAGUUUGUAAAAACGACACGAAACGAAACGGGAAAGAAAAUUCCAGUUGUUUAAGAGAAUGACGCGUGUGUUAAAAUCGAUAAUCGCCUUUGUGCGCCUCCACCUGGAAAGUGUCCUGCUCGACGGGAUCCUGGGGUACAUCAUGCGGCGCUUCCUGCGCUCGGCCAUGAUUGUCUUCAGCUGGUUUGUGGUGCCCUACAGCCGCUACACCAACAUCAAGGUGAUGCGGCGCAAGCUGCCCCCCAUACGCAGCCAUCUGCUGGAGAUACCUGCCGUCGACCUGGCCAAGCUGAUUCGCAACAGAAAGAUUAAAAGCGAAGAAGUGGUUGAGGCCUACAUCGAACGCUGUCGACAGGUAAAUCCGCUGAUCAAUGCGAUUGUGCAGGAUCGCUUCGAGGAGGCGCUGGAGGAGGCGCGCGAGAUAGACAAUGUGAUUGCCAUGGGCAUCAAUAGCGUCGAGUCCAUGGAGGAGCACACACCGCUGCUGGGCAUACCGGUGACGGUGAAGGAGAGCAUUGCCGUCAAGGGUUUGACCAAUCAGGCGGGUCGUGUCUUUAAGACGCCGCAAAUAGCCAAGUCGGAUGCGCCCGUCGUGGAGCAGAUCAAACGCUGCGGCGGCAUCAUAUUGCUGGUGUCGAACACACCGGAGCUGUGCCUGCUCUGGGAGACGUACAACAAUGUGACGGGCCAGACAAAGAAUCCGUACGACUUGAAGCGCACACCGGGCGGCUCCUCGGGCGGCGAGGCGGCGCUGCUGGCGAGCGGCGCCUCGCUGCUGGGCCUCACCUCGGACAUUGGCGGCUCGUCGCGUUUGCCGGCCAUGUUCAGUGGCAUUUGGGGUCACAAGCCCACGCCGUACGCGGUCUCGUUUCGCGGCCAUCAUCCGACCAGCGAUUUUCCCAAAUGGGGCGACUUCUUUACCAUUGCGCCCAUGACACGCUAUGCCAAGGACUUGCCGCUGCUGCUCAAGUGCAUGAGUGAUCCGACUGGGCCGAAAUUGACGCUGGACAAGGAGAUCAGUGCGAAUGGCAUACGUUUCUUUUUCAUGGACAACGACGGGCCCUCGGGCAUGAUGCGUCCGCUCAGCCGGGAUCUGCAUGCGGCCAUCAAUCGUGUGGCCAGCGACUUCAAUGCGAAGCGCGUCAAUAUACGCAAAAUGAAAUGGUCGCUGGACAUCUCGCUGUCGGCCAUGCUGACCAUGAAGAACAUCGAGACCAUUUACCACAAGACGGAGGAGGGCGAACAGCCAAAGACCGUGUGCAAGGAGACGGUCAAGUAUUUCUUCGGCUGCUCGGACAGCAUAUUGCCCUCGGUCAUCUUCGGUCACCUGCAGAAUUUCAUGAAGAUAAUACCCAAUUCGCGGCACAAGCAUCUGGCCAGCAUCAUCGAAGCGCUCAAGACUGAAUUCAAGGAGCUGCUCGGCACAGAUGGCGUUUUCCUCUAUCCCACAUUUCCCAAUACCGCCCACCAGCAUUAUCAGAUCUAUCACAAGCUGCUCGAGCCCAUGUAUAUGGCUAUAUUCAAUACGCUGGGCCUGCCCGUUACCAACUGUAUGAUUGGCCUGGAUCGACGCAAUCUGCCCAUGGGCAUACAGGUGGUCGCCAAUCCGGGCCAGGAUCAUCUCUGUCUGGCCGUGGCACGCGAAAUGGAGCGUCGUUAUGGCGGCUGGGUGCGUCCGCCCUCGGAGGAUAGCCACACUUACGCGCAGUCCAGUGGCAAGCGGGGCUGAGCCCGUCUUUCAUUUAGUGAAUUAUUUCAUUCGUCAUUCGUCAUGCACAUACAUAUUUUUGAUUCCAUCUAGUUAUCCCAUAGUUAACUAUGUGACAUUUUGUUGAAAUCCCAAAGAAAAUUAUAGAAAAUUUGGCGUACUUUUUACACUUUUCAUUUGGAGCUUUCUUUCCUUCAUUUAUAUUCUUUUCACACAUCACACAUUUAAGUUCACAUAUUAAAUUAUUGCUUUUGUAUUUGUCCAAAUUAUUGUUGUAUUUACUCUAAAUCAUAUUGUAUGUAUAUAUGUAUAUGUAUGUAUUAAUAUACAUAUAUUCUUGUAGAUCUUAA